UAUUUUAAGAAAUUUCUUUUUCCUUCUUCACCUCUUUGAAAAAAAAAAAAGAAAAACAGAGCAAAAAGAAAAAUCUCUGUCAAUGAAAAUCUAUCAUUUUCUCUGUUUCUGAAGAUUCACUUUUCCAAAUUCAAAACCCUAAUGUCUAUACGAUCUGAUUUUAUAGCAGUGCUUUUCGGAGUGCAACUUUUUUUUGUCAUUUUCUGUUUGGUUGCAGAGAAAGAAAAAGAUAGUGUGAUGUGAGGUGAGAGACAAAGCAGAGAAACUUCUAUUUUCUCCAGCUAGUUUUCCUCUAAGUUCGAUGCAAGAGAAAAGAAGGGAAAACUCUCUUUCUGGUGAUAUUUUCUUCAUCCUGUUCCAAGUCCAAUGUGGCUUUACAUAUUUAUAUUGCUUUUAUUUGUUAUUGACAAUUAGGAAUUGUCCUUAUAUGAUUCUUAAUUUUGAUUGGUAGAAAUGCAUGACUAAGAAGAGGGUAUAAGCAACCAAUAUUGUUUUGAUUUGAUAUGGACUCUAUGGUUAAUAUGGGACUCUACUUUGGGUGUUUGGGGACAUUCUAUGUUUUUGUGUCUGCUUUGGGCCCAAUUUUAUAAAUUAGGUUCCACCGGCAAGAAAGAUCGCGAAGUUUCUUGCACAAAUGAUUUAGUUUCCAUAAGUGUAUUUACUUCAAUAAUGAUGCUAAACCAUUAAAUUUACAUUUGUGAUUAAGAAGAAUUUACUCUAUUUUAAAAAAUCAAAAUUGCUUUAUUCCACCUGGUCUUUUUCCCUUGAAGUUUACUCAAUGUGCUUUCUGGCUUUAAAGGUUCCCAAACUGAUCCUCUCACAUUCAUGUUCUGGUUUAGAAUCUUAAAUACUUGCUUGCUAAUUUGACCAGGAACGCAAUUGGGUGUGUUGGUAGACUCUAUGGAAGCUGACAAUGCUGCAGAAGACUUGGCAAAAAGCCCAAUUUUAUUUAAGGCUAAAUCUGAUAUUGCAAAGUCAAUGGCCAAGAAUUUCUUGAAGACAAGGAAAGCCACUGGCACUUCUGAGGUCCGGAGGAGAAAGCCAAAGAAGAAAAACAAGAGUGUAUUAGAGGGCAAUAAAGCUACUGAAGAUAAUGCUAACAAGCUAAAUUCAAGGAAAGAAAACCAACAAGAGGAUGCUACAACCAGUACAGAGUGCGUAGAGAAGAGCUAGCAGAUACAAAAGAAUGAAGAAAAUACAUAUGCAUCAGAUGUCCAGGAAAAUAGCUGUAAGUCAAAUGACAGUCCCAAGAAGAGAAGAAGGGAAAAGGAGCCCAGCUUUUUUAAUAAAAACUAAAAGAAUGAAGAAAAGCGGGACGGUAAGAAAAAGAGAAAAUGGAAUGAGCAGAAGGAAAAACACAGUAGUUCAGAGAAGAAUAACAAGAAUAUAGAAAAGUGCGAUAAGGGAGCGAAACAAGAAACUAAGAAGAAGGAAAAGAUAGAUGGUCUGAUAUUUAUGUGCAAUUCAAAGACCAAGCCAGCCAGAUUGUUUCCAAUAUUGUGUAAUGGCUGUACCCACAGGUAAAAAAGAUAUUGUGUUGGGUAUCAGACGAGGGCUUAAGCAUUUUCUCCAUGAUUAUGAUCUCAAGCUUAUGUAUGGGAUUUAUAAGGCAUCCUCUUCUGGUGGCAUGAAACUUGAGCCAAAGGCUUUUGGUGGGGCUUUCCCCGCUCAGGUGCCAUUUUCUUAUAGCCUUCUCCCUUUAAUUACAACUCUGUGUCUUCCUUCCUUUAAAGAUUUUGUGUACCAAUGACUUCCAUUUCGGGUGCGGUUCAGUGUCCAUGCUGAUUGUUUUCUGCAGAGAGCAUUUUCAAGAAGGCAAUGAAGGAAAAUUAUAAUGAAAAGCACAAAUUCAAAACUGAACUUGCCGCUAGACAAGUUCGGAAGCUCACUGAACUUUUUCGACCAGUUGGAGUUCAUUCAAUUGCACUGCCUGCUCACUCCCUGUCAAGGGCAGCGGCUGGAAUCAUUGAACACUCUGACAACAGGGAAGUUCAUGAUAGACCAAGGGAAGCAAGGCCCCCUUCACACACAGAAGCGUUUGCUAGAGAUCCUUAUGUCAAUAUCAGUGCUAGAAAUUACUCCGUUUCAUCUCAUUAAAAGGAUCAGCAAAUUGCAUAUGGAGAGUUGGCAUAUAGUCGGAGGGAGGACAGUCAUUGUGAUUUAUACCAUAGUAAGAAGGAAUACAUGGCUUAUGGUCUUCAGGGAGAGAAGAAACUUGACUCUUUAGCUUCUUAUCACUCCAGCAUUAGCAUCUUACCGUGGAGAUUGCAAAGAGAAGCUUCUACGACAACAAGACAUGGUAGACAGGGAAUCCAUGGCUAUGCAGAGAGAUAUAAUUCACUCUGAUCCUCUUUACUUGACUGAGAGAGAGUAUCAGACUUACGAUUUGGGUGCUACACGAGAAAUGCAAUCAACAGUUUCUGCAGCGUCUGCAAAUACAUCUGUAGCUGCUGCUUCUACUUUGGACUCCUAUACUACGAAUCCAUAUUAUAGUCGAUAUCAUGGUGCUUCAUUGGUUGACUCUUAUCUGCCACGUCCAAGAGCAGAGGCACCUGAUUGAGACUGGUCAUUUGAGGAGGAAAGAAAGCAACAAAGUGGAUAGAUUGUAUUCCGCAUAUGCUUCUGAUGCAUUUGCAGAUUACAACCAGAUGUAUCUACUUGAAGAUUUUAAGCCUGAAGCUGCUUCUGCAUCAGUUUCAUCCCUGUAUUCUUUUAGUGGUGCGUCAUUGUCUUAUUGCUGAGAGUUUGAUUAUCUGUCCUUUCAUGCCCCUAACAUAAGACAUGUCAUUUGUUU